AUGCGGUCAGCCGCGGCGUCCCUCGUCUCAUGGCGAACUCUAGCCUUGAUCUUGGCCAUCAUCAAUCUCAAAAAUCUCCCGUUCGCCUGGCAUUUCCGAUUAUUGUACCACUUCCUGGGCAACCUGCGCUGGAAGCCGACUGACCCAUUCUUCCCCAAGGGAAUGGCUAUCGUCGAUGCACAUGGCAACCCGACACAUCCGCUUUUCGUCCCAGUCACCAUCACGUCACGAACCCCGUUACUAGAGACCGAUUAUAACCUGCACAAGUCCAACAGCACAUAUUUCAGCGACCUGGACGUAGCGCGUACGGCGCUCGUGACCCGGAUCUACAGCCCUGGUGUUGGUAUUACCAGCAAGGAAUUGGACGAGGAAUUUUUGGCUGCGAGUCAGAAGGAGGGAAAGAAACCCCCAAGACGACUACCUAUCAUGAUUGUCCUCGGGUCUGUUUACUGUACCUAUAAGCGCGAGAUCAAGCCGUUCGAACGGUAUGAGAUGCAGACCAAGGUUAUUUCAUGGGAUAAGAAAUGGCUUUACACGCUCACAGUGUUCCUGCGACCUGCCAAGAAAGCGGGCGGCGAGAAGACCCUUCUGGCUAUCGGCGUGAGCAAGUAUGUGGUGAAGAAGGGUCGACUGACCGUGGCACCUGAGCGAAUUCUACGUGCUGGCGGUUUCCUCCCUGCUCGCCCGGCUGGGAUCCAGCCACUUAGUACACCGAUAGAUUCCUCUGCGGAAGCCUCUGCCAUCGGCACGCCUGCAAGUGGGGAAGGGAUUACUGCUGGAGGUGUGGAUGGCUCUUUGGUGCGAGAAGUUCUCAAGAUCAGCGAAGACCAACUUCCCAAUCAAGAGACCCUUGAGCAGGAGAAGAAGGCCAACUCGGAGUCUUGGAAUCCAGAAGCAUGGUCAUGGGAGCGAAUUGAGCAGGAAAGACUCCGAGGAUUGGAGGUGGUGGAACCAUACAUCAACAUUGACAGUAAAUUAGAGCAUGAGGUACAUGGUAAAUAG